GCCACCUGUCAGUGUCCAUCAGUGCCAGCUGUCAGUGCUCCCAUCAGUGCCACCUAUCAAUGUUAGUCAGUUCCACCUAUCAGUGCUGCCAAUCAGUGCCACCUAUCAGUGCCAGUCAGUGGCGCGUAUCAGUGUGCAUCAGUGCCGCCUAUCAGUGCCCGUCAGUGCUGCCUAACAGUGCUGCCUUUCAGUGCCCAUCAGUGAUGCCUGUCAAUGCCCAUCAGUGCCACCUACCAGUGCCUCUCCUCAUCAGUGCCACCUGUCAGUGUUCAUCAGCACAGCCUAUCAGUGCCCAUCACUGCAGCCUCAUU